GAUUUUGGUUAUAUAAUGAAAGCCACACCACGCACAGACUCAGUGACAUCUCCAACCUUCAUGGGACAAGGAGCAGCAGCAGCGCCAUCAUCACCACCACCACAACCUCACACGUGUUGUCGGACAGCCACCACGUACUCGCUUCCAGAGAAAGAAGACACUGUUGCCGCCACAUACUUCGCAAGACCUUAUGAUGAAUUUGACACUGGUGAUACUGGUGAUGUUAACGAUGCUAAGCGUGGUGCUUGGUAUGCCGCAGUUCUUCACCAAAAAGAGAGCUUUUCCCGGCCAGCGGCUGCGAGGCGCCACCAACUACGGCACUCACUCCUUCAGCAACAGAGGUUACGUGGGCAGGCCAUUCGCUAGACUUCGAAGACAGAAACGUAAUUAAGUAUGCGUUCCGCGAGUUCUGCAGCGCUUCGCCACGCUCAGUGCAGAGCAUCUGCUUUCAUGUUCACAUAAAAUAUAUAAGCAUAAUAACAUAUAGAAAAAAGAAGAAGGCCUACAAUAGGCCAAUUCAUAUACACAAGGCAGAUGACGAGUAAAAAAAAAAUUUACAUCUACCAUCUCAAUAAAUAUAUAUUCACAAAACUUCCCAUAACUAUUGAACGCCUGGACAUCCAUUGCGUGCUUGAUGUUUGUUCCAUUCAUCCACACCAUGUCAGGGAGCCAAUUUUUGGAUUUUUUUUCAGGUCUUAAUUUGUCUAGUUCCUUCCCGUCAAAAGAAUCUAAUUUACAUCUCCUUUGUUCUGUCUUUUAGGUCAAUCAAACACUUCACUGCUAUCACCACGCACUGUGCGCCUUUCCAAAGAGUGCAGCUUAAUACAGGUAUAAUCUUAACGUAUUAGAAUCAUAAGACAUGUACUCUCUACACCAGCGUCUAUCAGGCUGGUAUGCGGGAGAACAAGCUGGUACUAAUGCGUGCAUGGACAUUCUGGAAUCUAGAUGGUGUCGGGAAAGGCGCUCUACAGAUGACGAGCAAAACACCAGCAGGAUAGUUAUGCAACUUGUCCAAAACAAAAGAUUGAUACAUUACUAAUGAUACCGCUGAUACGUUGUAGAGAGACACAAGUUAACAAUCAAAUAGAGCAUUGCCUUUCAAACAGUUUAUCCCUCCGUACCAACUGUGCCCCUUACAGAUAGAUCAACAAGCUGUCUGACUACGAAUGGUGGUGAGCUGUCUUUAAUCCAGUAGGAGUCAGAGAUGCUGACUUCAGCAAAGAUAAAGGAACGUUGUAGCUAUGUAGUCUAUUCUGUCAUUCACUACAACAAAUUCCUUCAAUGCCUGCCUCGAUGACAAACGUUAUGCCAUAUACAGUAACCAGGAUGUGAUCAAUGAAGCAUUUAUGAUAUAUGCAUUCACCAUACAAAGACAAUUACUGAUUUCCUGUGUGUGUGUGUGUGUGUGUGUGUGUGUGUGUGUGUGUGUGUGUGUGUGUGUGUGUGUGUGUGUGUGUGUGUGUGUGUGUGUGUGUGUGUGUGUGUGUGUGUGUGUGUGUGUGUGUGUGUGUGUGUGUGUGUGCGUGUAAAGCCAUGUAAGUCUUACUAACCUUAUUUAUUAUUAUACGGAACACUUUUUACAAGAGAUGUUUUACGAGAGUGAAAGUCAAUAGAGCUCAGCCUUGCAACACUGUUCAAACAAAUAGAUGCGUUUCUGUUGAAAAUCAAACUAAUAAGUAUUUAACUAUCUCAUUGAGUGAUUGUGUGAAACGAUAUACGAUUCCCUCCUGUUUAAAACGAUGACUGAUGAACGCCUGUCAACUCUGUGAUGUGAUCAUGUGUACCCCUGCAUGCUAGGCUGCCGCAUCGCCACGAACAGGAAAAAUGGAUCAUUGGCUAGACUUUGUAAGUUUUCAAUGCAAUCAAUAAACAAGAAAAAGC